AUGAUCGGUGUGAACAGUCUGCACUCCGCGGGGCGCCUACGCUCCCGCUCCCUCUGCACCGUGCGCUACGGAAGAGACUUUCGGAUGAUGGACCCCUUCAGAUACCCCAGGACCCCGCGCUCACGCUCACUCAAACCACUCGUGUUCCCGGAUCUCCUGGGGAAAGCUCAGGACGGACAGGACCACCCACAGGCCAGGAAGAGGAGAAAGGCGCUGUACAACUCAAUCAAGAACCAGAAGCUCCAGUGGACUCUCGACGAGGAGGAGCUGCGGAAGUCGUUCUCGGAGCUCGGGGACAGUCUGUGUGAGUCGGACGCCACCAGACCCAUCCGGCGAGUGGACAGCAGCGGGAAGCCCCUGGAGGAGGCCACAGAACCCUCCGGAACGCUGCUGUACAAGAACGGCUUCCUGGUCCGGAAAGUGCACGCCGACUCAGACGGGAAGAGAACUCCCAGAGGAAAGAGAGGCUGGAAGACUUUCUACGGCAUUCUAAAAGGGCUCAUUCUUUACCUGCAAAAGGGGGAGUACAGGCCUGAUAAGCAGCUCUCAGAUGAAGACCUUAAAAAUGCAGUGUCCAUCCAUCACUCUUUGGCCUUGAAGGCUACAGACUACAGCAAACGGCCCAAUGUCUUCUACCUCCGCACCGCAGACUGGAGGGUCUACCUCUUCCAAGCACCAAACGCAGAGCAGAUGCAGUCGUGGAUCACUCGGAUCAACACGGUGGCUGCCAUGUUCUCGUCUCCACCGUUCCCCGCGGCCAUCGGCUCCCAGAAGAAGUUUAGCCGCCCUCUGCUGCCCGGCACCAUGUCCAGACAGACCGAGGAGGAGCAGGUCCGCUGUCAUGAGGCCAGGUUUCGGGCCGUGUCCACUGAACUGGCAGAGAUACGCUCCAGCCCUCCAGACCGGAAAGUCAAAGGUCGGGAGCUCGAUGAGUAUCGCCAAAGAGAUGAAUAUCUGGAGUUUGAGAAAACUCGAUAUGCAACCUACGUCAUGCUGUUGAGAACAAAACUUCGCAUUAAUGAGGACGACCUGUCUGUGUUUGAGUCCCUGAUCCUGGAGGAGAAUGGCAUCCAGAGGGCGCUAUCCAGCCCCACACUGGGCGACAGCAGCCUGGCAUCACAAGCCAGCAGCACCAAGGAUGGUCCCAACAGCAGCAAGGCCUCCUGCUGCAGCACCAAACCACGUCAGGAGGCUCAGAGACACAGCUACAGACAAGCUGUGAAGAAGUGA